GCGCCAUGGACGCUCCGAAGCAGGUGGUCAACUUCGGGGCCGGGCCCGCCAAGCUCCCGCGCUCGGUCCUGUUAGAAAUGCAGAAGGAAUUAUUAGAGUACAGAGGAACUGGAAUUAGCGUUCUUGAAAUGAGCCACAGGUCAUCAGAUUUCGCCAAGAUUAUUAACAACACGGAGAAUCUUGUGCGGGAAUUGUUAGCUGUUCCUGACAACUACAAGGUGAUUUUUGUACAAGGAGGUGGCACCGGCCAGUUUAGUGCUGUCCCUCUGAACCUGAUUGGGCUGAAACCUGGACGGUGUGCCGACUAUGUGGUGACAGGGGCUUGGUCCGCAAAGGCUGCCGAAGAAGCCAAGAAGUUUGGGACUGUGAACAUUGUCUACCCCAAGGUUGGCAGUUACACAAAGAUCCCAGAUCCGAGCACCUGGAACCUCAGUGCAGAUGCCUCCUAUGUGUAUUACUGCGCCAAUGAGACUGUGCAUGGAGUGGAGUUUGACUUCAUCCCCGACGUCAAGGGAACGGAGCUGGUGUGUGACAUGUCCUCCAACUUCCUCUCCAAGCCUGUGGAUGUCUCCAAGUUCGGGGUGAUUUUCGCCGGUGCCCAGAAGAACAUUGGCUCAGCAGGGGUCACAGUGGUGAUUGUCCGCGAGGACCUCCUAGGGUUCGCCCUCCAGGAAUGCCCAUCUGUCCUAGAGUACCGAGUGCAGGCUGGAAACGGCUCCUUGUACAACACCCCUCCCUGCUUCAGCAUCUACGUGAUGGGCAUGGUCCUGGAGUGGAUUAAGAACAACGGGGGUGCGGCGGCCAUGGAGAAGCUGAGCUCCAUCAAAUCACAAAUGAUCUAUGAUAUUAUCGACAACUCUCAAGGCUUCUACGUAUGUCCCGUGGAGCCCCGGAAUAGAAGCAAGAUGAAUAUUCCGUUCCGCAUUGGCAGCACCAAAGGAGAUGACGCUUUAGAGAAGAGAUUUCUUGAUAAGGCUCAGGAACUCCAUAUGAUCUCUUUGAAAGGGCACAGGUCCGUGGGGGGCAUCCGCGCCUCUCUGUAUAACGCUGUCACUCUCGAGGAUGUGGAGAAGCUGGCGGCGUUCAUGAAAAACUUUUUGGAGAUGCAUCAGCUUUGAAACCAAUCCCCGCGACUUUCUACUC